CCCAACGUCUCCUUUUCUUCCUCCUUUCUUCGCUUCCUCGGUGUAUAUCGCGCUGCUGAAAAUUGACGACAUUGUCUAGCUGCAUUCAACAAUGACUGUCUACCAAGCAACAGCGUCUGCACCAGUGAACAUCGCGUGUAUCAAAUACUGGGGAAAGCGCGAUACAAAGCUAAUCCUUCCCACCAACUCCUCGUUGUCUGUCACUCUCGACCAAGAUCACCUCCGCUCAACGACAACCUCUCGCGCAGAUCCGUCAUUCAAGCAUGACAGACUCUGGUUGAACGGGAAGGAGGAAGAGAUCAAAGAAGGUGGGCGUCUCGCGACGUGUAUCGCAGAGAUGAGACGUCUUCGCCGUGAAGUGGAGAAAAAAGAGGGUACGCCGAAGAUCGCGGAUUACCCCGUACACAUCGCCUCGCACAAUAACUUCCCAACAGCAGCGGGACUUGCAUCUUCUGCAUCUGGUUUUGCGGCACUUGUGUCAUCGCUUGCUGCUCUCUAUGAGUUACCUGCCUCGCCAUCUGAGCUUUCGUUAAUUGCGCGCCAGGGUUCUGGUUCUGCGUGCAGAUCGCUGUUUGGUGGGUUCGUAGCAUGGGAGAUGGGCUCGAAAGCCGAUGGAAGCGACUCGUUUGCUGUUGAGGUUGCACCACGCGAGCACUGGCCGAACUUACAUGCGCUUAUAUGCGUUGUAUCGGACGACAAGAAGGGAACGUCUUCUACGUCUGGAAUGCAGCGAACUGUCGAGACGUCUACGCUGUUACAACAUCGUAUUAAAGAGGUUGUACCUGCACGUAUGCGUGCGAUUUCCGAGGCGAUCAAGGCUCGGGACUUCGAGAAGUUUGCGCGUAUUACGAUGGCGGAUUCGAACCAGUUUCAUGCUGUUGCGCUUGAUACGGAACCGCCGAUUUUCUACAUGAACGACGUGAGUCGGUCGAUUGUCGCGUUGAUCGUGGAAUAUAACCGUGCAUCGGUCGCGGCUGGUGGACCGGUGAAAGCGGCGUACACUUACGACGCAGGUCCUAAUGCUGUCAUUUACGCACCGGAAGAAAACAUCAGGGAGAUUGUCGACAUUAUUGUCGCGUACUUCCCUCAGGCACAGCCGUUCAAUGAUGUGUUUGGAUUGUUUGGGGGCAAUCAGCCUCAGGGCGCCGUCCCGGUUGGGUUCAACGAGGCUGUUGCGAAGAAGUUUGAGGCUGGGGCUGUUAAGGGCCUUAUCCACACCCGGGUUGGUGACGGACCGAGGGUGCUUGGCGGAGAAGAGGCAUUGCUGAAUGCAGAAGGACUUCCGAAAGUGAAGGCGUGACUUGGGCGGGUAUCGCUAGGAUAGAAUCUGUAGUUUCAUUUUGUAUUUUUCAACGGAUAACAUAGAGACAGUUGUCAUAUUUGG